UCUAGAGAUCUCGCGAAAUUCGAAUUCAGAAUUCAGCUUCUCUCUCUUUGCUUUACCAGUGUCACCGGUAUUCCUUUUCUUCUUUCGUAAAGGCUCUUUUACGGUACCGAUCCGACGUUGACGUAGAGACAAAAAAUGAACAGUUGGAUGCGUUGCUGCCAUUACCAGGAUUACUACUAGAUCCCUCUACUUUUCCAGUGUAACGAGCCAUCCUCAAUUUCUAGACGACCAAUCUCCCUUGAUAAUUGCCGUGCACCGGCGCAUCAGCGUAACGCAGACUCUGAUCACUUGUUAUCCUCCUCCUGUACAGAUCAAGCCGUACUACGUUUCGACGGUUUACAUUCGCAUCUUUUAUACUGCCUGCACUCUUUUACUCAUAUCCACACCCACACGCACAGUCAUGUCGGCGGUUUCGUCUACUCGCGAGCGCCGCGCGACUGCUGGCAAGCGCAUGAGCGCACUCGUGGGCCAGGCCUUGGACGAUGACGCUGCGUUUUGGAAUCACGACACCUGGGCCGACGAGCACGACGCAUCUGGCAACGAGAGUUUCCGAGAAUCGGACGAAGAUUCGACGGCUCGCGUCGAUGCUUUUGAUUCCGAUUUCGACGAUAGCGAAAGUGAUCACGAGCAGCAGGAACAGGCGGCGGGUGCGGAAGAAGAACGGGAAUUGCAAAAAACGGAGCGCGGCAACAAAAAACGAAAACUGUUUGGUGCGGGGCAGUACGCGGAUAUCGCCAAGGCGGGUCGCGACCGUAUGCCCAAAAAGAAGAAAGUCGGCAAUCGCGUAGUGGGAGACGGUGUCAAUGCUGGUAUUGUUCUCAAUGUACCGAACGCUCUCCCUCGCGGUCCAGCACAGUAUUUCGUUGCUGGGGUUUCGAAACCAAUACCCCCGACCACUAUUAGUUCCCUCCAAGCGAAACAGUCCGCGGUCUUGGGCAUUCGACCGAGGCGGGCUGGGCGGCCGUCUUCUCGUUUCCGAACUUCCCGGGGAGAUUCAGCACCAUCCAUGACGAUCAAUGGUAAACCAGAUGGGUCGAAAAAGCGGCAACCUAAACAUAACUUUACGCAGGAAGAAUUGCUUCUAGAAGCGGCGCUCGAAACGGAACCGGAAAACCACCGUUGGCUACUUUCACGCCAGCGAAUCCAAGAUCAGCAAGACCGUGAUGCCGGUCCGAACGACCGAAGCCACAGACGAGGAGGACGGGUAAUUGAGAGUUAUGUCUCACGAAGAGGCGCCCCCAAUACAAUCACAUUCCCCGAAAUGGAUUAUGUACCAGAAAUUUUGACGCAAUCCUCUAGCGCGAUGCUCGAACGGCUCCGGAUACCGACCUUUUGUGUCGUUACGGGAGAGCGGGCCAAAUAUAAAGAUCCACUGACUGGUUUAGAAUAUUCCAACGCUGCUGCAUUUAAAGAGCUGCGACGGCGGCAUGCUUCUGGUGAGCUGAAGCCACAGUCGUCCAAGCCCAAAACAAAGAAAACGUUGUCAAAAGCCAUUUCCACGAAAGCAAAUGUUGGUAAAGUUGCCAAACCGAUCCCUUGUGGCGAUGGAGUAUCCACGGGAGCGAGCAACGCAAGCUCGGAGCAUGGGCAAAAUGGAGAGGGGUCUGUCCCUGCGAAACCAGCCGACUCAAGGAAUACUUUAACAGAAAGAGCGAGCAAAUUGAAGCGGGCAGCAACUGUGACAUUGUACGGGACCUCUCCAAUUUCGUCAGAAUUGGACACAGCGGAAAGAGAGCAACCGGAAGAACCACAUUUAUCAACUACGCCACCGACAGACAAGUCACUUCCAUUUUCCGACGAUUCGAAAACACCGUCACUACCAGCUUCCAUCGCGCCGAGAACAAAUAUUAAACUACUGACCAAAGGUGGCGAUGCUGAUGCUUCCACCGAAAUACGAGAACCUUUGAAAAGUCCAAAAAUAGUAUCGUUCCAUGUCCUUUCCGCUUCCAAAUCGUCCGCCUUCGCGUCACAGAAUCAUACAAUCUCUACGGCAAUCAACUCACCAACGAGAUCGGCCACUUCACCGCCUUCGGCUCCUCACACAACAUCUUCCGCUCGCGGUUCUCCCGAUAUUUCAGGUCACCGUAGGGCUUCGCCCCGUCGACGUAAACCCAGCAGCAAGCUUUUGGAAACUGAAUAUACGCCUUUGGCCAUUCCGAACUCAUCCUCAGGGGAAGAAGUCGACAAGUCGUCGAUACCUUUCGAAACGAACGCUUUGUAG